CCGGACCCGGACCUGGAGUAAGGACCAGGAGCAGCACCGUGGCUUCUUCUAGCCCCGCUCUCCAUGAAAACAUGUCCGAGUUGUUCCUCCUCGCCUUUCUAGCCCUAUUUAUGGGAUUAUUUCCGUGCGCCGAGCCCUCGACAGUGUCGGACGAGGAGAAAGAGUCUGUCUUGUGUGAUGUAGGGGAGUUUCACUGUCACACCAAGGAAACCUGCAUCCCUGAAUCCUGGCUCUGCGACGGCGAGCCCGACUGUCCAGACGCCUCCGACGAAACUGACCAAACUUGUGCACAGGAGGUGGUGAUCAGAUGUCCCCUCAAUCACAUACAGUGCAUCGGGACGAAAAAAUGUAUUCACUUCAACAAACUCUGCAACGGCGCUCGAGACUGCGACGACGGAUACGAUGAAGGGGUUCACUGUCGAGAGCUGCUGUCAGCCUGCCACGAGCUGCGCUGCCGCUACGGCUGCGUCAUGACCAGGAACGGCACCUUCUGUUUCUGCGCUGACGGCUUCGAGGUCGGCGAGGACGGGACGAGCUGCAGAGAUCAUGAUGAAUGUGCCAUGUACGGCGCAUGCAGCCAAACCUGCACCAACACCUACGGGUCAUACAGAUGCAGCUGCACACAAGGAUACAUCCUCCAGCCUGACAGGAUAUCCUGCAAAGCCAAACAAGAUCCAGGCGACCCCCGUCCAGUGCUUCUCAUCGGCGGCCCGGAUCGUAUCGUCAUCACCGACCUAAAUGGAACAGGCCUCCAGCCCCUCCGCUCUCUGAGUGUAAAUGGAACGCUGGCGUUGGAUUUUCAGCACAACCAGGAACACGUCUGCUGGGUUCUAUCAACAGAAUCCUCUGGGCAGCUCCGAUGCGCUGAAACCAGGAGCCUGCGAGGAUUCACACGGGAACGGGAAAUAAGAACACAACAAAGUUUGCAACAUGUGGAACAAAUGGCGAUAGACUGGCUGACCGGAAACUUCUACUUUGUUGACCGGGUCACGGAUAAGAUAUUUGUCUGCGACCGGAGCGGGAAUACUUGUGUUACCAUCCUCCAGCUCGACUUGGUGAAUCCUAAAGGAAUAGCUGUGGAUCCUCUCAUGGGAAUGCUCUUCUUUACCGACUAUGGGAACGUGGCCAAGGUGGAGCGCUGCAACAUGGAUGGGACUAACCGGACCCGGCUGGUGGAUUAUAACAUUGAGCAGCCCACUGCUGUGGCGUUGGAUGUAGUGAAGAAGCUGUUGUACUGGGCAGACGCCUACCUGGAUUACAUCGACGUGGUGGAUUACAACGGCAGGAACAGGCAUACCAUCAUCCACGGGAGCCAAGUGUCUUACAUUUAUGCAUUAGCUGUGUUUGAGGACUACCUCUAUGCUACCCACUCUGACCCGUCCAAAGGGAGUUCCACUGUGGAGCUGCUGCAGAUCCACAGGUUUAACAUCACCGCAGAGAGCAGGACGCUAGCAAUCCUGGGAAAUACAGGAAGACUCCGGGUUUACCAUAAACUCAUCCAACCGAAAGUCAGGAGUCAUUCAUGUGAAAUAGAUUCGUAUGGAAAGCCGGGUGGAUGUUCACAUAUUUGCCUUCUGAGUGGAAGCUACAAGUCCAGAACCUGCCGGUGCCGGACUGGCUACAGCCUGGGCCCUGACGGACAGUCCUGUAAAAAGCCCAAAAGCGAUCUCUUCUUGUUCUAUGGGAAGGGGCGCCCCGGGGUGAUCCGAGGCCUGGAUAUGAACGUCAAGUCCACCGACGAACACAUGGUGCCGAUCGAGGACCUGGUCAACCCCAGAGCCAUCGACUACCACGCAGAGUCCGGACACAUUUACUUCGCCGAUACGACCAGCUUCCUCAUAGGGCGGCAAAAACUGGACGGAAACGGCAGGGAGACGAUACUGAAAGACGAACUCGACAACGUGGAAGGCAUCUCAGUGGACUGGAUCGGGAAGAACUUGUACUGGACCAACGACGGCUACAGGAAGACCAUCAGCGUUGCCAGAUUGGAACGAGCCUCCCAUACCAGGAAGACUCUGCUGGAAGGAAACAUGUCACAUCCCCGGGCCAUCGUGGUUGACCCACUUAACAGCUGGAUGUACUGGACAGACUGGGAGGAGGAUGAGGUCAACGACAGCAUCGGCCGAAUAGAAAAGGCCUGGAUGGACGGAUCCAACAGACGGAUUUUCGUCACCUCCAACAUGCUGUGGCCCAACGGUUUGACUCUGGACCACGGAACCAGCACCAUGUACUGGUGCGACGCCUACUACGACCACAUCGAGAAGAUUCACCUGAACGGCACCGGGAGAAUGGUGGUGUACAACGGAAAAGAGCUGAACCAUCCAUUUGGAAUCUCUCAUUAUCGUAAUUUCAUCUUUUGGACGGAGUACAUGAACGCCUCGGUUUUCCAGCUGGACUUAUCCACCGCUGACGUCACUCUGCUGAGGAGCGAGAGACCGCCGCUGUUCGGCCUACGAGUCUACGACGCACACAGUCAGCAAGGUGACAAUGCAUGCAGUGUGAAUUAUGGGGGCUGCAGUACCCUGUGCCUGGCCAUCCCAGGAGGCAGAGUGUGUGCCUGCGCUGACAACCAGCUUCUGGAGAAGAACAAUGUCACCUGUGCAGACAUUUCCAGCGGCAGUUUAGAGCCCCAGCGUUGUAAAAGUGAUGAGUUCCAGUGCCAUAAUCAUCGCUGCAUUCGAGCCCUGUGGAAGUGUGACGGCGAUGAUGACUGUCUGGAUGGAAGUGAUGAGGAGAGCCACAUUUGCUACAAUCACACCUGUCCCACCGAUCAGUUCAAGUGCAACAACAACCGCUGCAUCCCCAAACGAUGGCUCUGCGACGGAAUGAAUGACUGCGGGAACAACGAGGACGAGGCCAAUAUCACAUGUUCAGCCCAGCCCUGUCAGGCCGACCAGUUCUCCUGCCAGAACGGACGAUGUAUACCCGGCGCCUGGAGCUGCGACCAGGAAGAUGACUGCGGCGAUAUGUCUGAUGAAAUAUCUUGCACCUUCCCGACCUGUGAACCCCUGACCCAGUUCAGCUGCUCCAACGGACGCUGCAUCAGCGUCAAGUGGCACUGCGAUUCAGAAAAUGACUGCGGAGACGGCAGCGACGAAGCGGGCUGCAUCCAGUCCUGCUCCAACAACCAGUUCCAGUGCACCAGUGGGCGGUGCAUCCCGGACCACUGGGCCUGCGACGGAGACAACGACUGCGGAGAUUUUAGUGACGAGAGCGCGGCCUGCAGAGGAGGAUCUGCACUGCUGCCAUCUGUGAUUGAGUGCAGCGGGGAGGAGUUCCACUGUGUCACAGAUGGAACCUGCAUCCCAGAGCGCUGGAGAUGUGACGGAGACAAGGACUGUGAGGACGGCAGCGACGAGAAAGACUGCCAAGGCACCAAAAGAAUGUGUGACCCCAAGGCCAAGUUUACCUGCAAAGACACAGGAAAGUGCAUCACAAAGAGUUGGGUGUGUGACGGCGACAUCGACUGUGAAGACCGCUCCGAUGAAGAAUCCUGUGAAUCUGCCAUCUGUAAACCUCCCAAAUAUCCCUGCGCUAACGACUCCUCUGUCUGUCUGACGCCCGAUAAGAUCUGCAACGGCAAAGUGGACUGUCCCGACCGCUCGGACGAAGGCCCCAUCUGCGAUUUGUGCCUGGUAGCCAGAGGGGGGUGCAGCCACCAGUGUACCGUAGCGCCAGGGAAGGGGGUGGUGUGUUCGUGCCCCCCCGGGCUCCACCUGGACUCCAGCAACAAGACCUGCGAAGUGGUGGACUACUGCAGCCGCCACCUCAAGUGCAGUCAGGUGUGUCAGCAGUACAAGACCACAGUCAAGUGUUCUUGUUAUCCAGGAUGGACGCUUGACCCAGAUGGAGACAGCUGUCACAGCACAGAUCCCUUUGAGGCCUUUAUCAUUUUCUCUAUCCGCCACGAGAUAAGACGAAUAGACCUUCACAAGCGGGACUACAGCCUGUUGGUGCCCGGCCUGAGGAACACCAUCGCAUUAGACUUCCACUUUAAUCGCAGCCUCCUUUACUGGACGGAUGUGGUGGAGGAUAAGAUCUACAGGGGAAGGUUCUCCGAGUCCGGCGGGGUGACGGGGAUCGAGGUGGUGGUGCAGCACGGCUUGGCCACGCCAGAGGGCCUGGCUGUGGACUGGAUCACAGGGAAACUCUACUGGAUUGACAGUAACCUGGACCAGAUUGAAGUGGCCAAGCUUAACGGAGAUAUGCGUACGACGCUGAUCGCCGGUGGCAUGGAGCAUCCACGGGCCAUUGCUCUGGACCCGGGGCAAGGGAUCCUUUUCUGGACCGACUGGGACGCCACUUUCCCCCGAAUCGAGGCUGCAUCCAUGAGCGGAGGAGGGAGGCACAUUGUUUUCAAGGACAUGGAGAUCGGAGCCUGGCCCAAUGGACUGACGCUGGAUCAUCUGGAGAAGAGGAUCGUCUGGACAGAUGCACGCUCUGACGCUAUUUUCUCCGCACUCUACGACGGCACCGGGGUCAUCGAGAUCCUCAGGGGUCACGAGUACCUGUCCCAUCCCUUUGCCGUCUCCCUCUUCGGGGGCAACGUCUACUGGACGGACUGGAGGACCAACACUUUGGCCAGAGCCAAUAAGUGGACGGGGCAGAAUGUCACCGUCAUCCAGAAGACCAGCGCUCAGCCUUUUGACUUGCAGAUCUUCCACCCGAGCAGACAGCCACAAGCCUCUAACCCAUGUGAGGAGAAUGAUGGACGCGGUCCAUGUUCGCAUCUGUGUCUCAUCAAUUACAACCGCACUGCAUCCUGCACCUGUCCACACCUUAUGAAGCUUUCACCCAACAAACAGUCGUGCUUUGCCUUGAAAAGGUUCCUCCUGUAUGUGCGGCGCUCUGAAAUCCGAGGCGUGGACAUCGACAAUCCGUACAUGAACGUAAUGACGGCGCUGACGGUGCCAGACAUUGAUGAUGUUGCGGUGGUGGACUACGACGCACAAGAGGAGCGGAUCUACUGGGCCGACAUCAAAACCCAGACCAUCAAACGGGCCUUUAUAAACGGAACCCAGCUAGAGACCAUUAUAUCUGCAGACAUCGUCAACUGCCGCGGUCUGGCUUUGGACUGGCUUUCCAGGAACUUGUACUGGCUCAGCUCCGAAAAUGACGAGUCGCAAAUCAAUGUGGCUCGCUUUGAUGGAUCCCUGAAGACCUCCAUCAUCCACGGCAUCGAUAAGCCAAGGUGUCUUGUAGUGCACCCCGCCAAGGGGAAAAUCUAUUGGACAGAUGGCAACACCAUUAACAUGGCGAACAUGGACGGCAGUAACAGCAAGGUCCUCCACCAGAAUCAGAGGGAACCUGUAGGUCUGUCCAUCGACUACGCUGCCAACAAGCUGUACUGGAUCAGCUCGGCCAACGGCACUAUCAACAGGUGUAAUCUGGACGGCAGCGGGCUGGAAGUGCUGGAGACUCUGAAGAGGGAGUUAGCCAAAGGCAGCGCUCUGGCCGUGAUGGGUGGCAAACUCUGGUGGGCAGACGAUGAAUCAGCACAGUUGGGAACGGUUACAAAGAGAGACGGACGAAACCCUUUGAUUCUGAGGAACAAGACCAGCGGGGUGGUUCACAUGAAGGUGUACGACAGGGAAGGUCAGAAAGGACGGAACCCAUGCCAGAUCAACAACGGCGGCUGCUCGCAGCUCUGCUUCCCCACUUCUGAGAACACCCGGAGCUGCUCCUGCACCGUCGGAUACAACCUGCGAAGCGACCGCAUGUCCUGUGAAGGCGUCGACUCGUUUCUGAUGUAUUCCAUUCAUGAGGGGAUCCGGGGCAUCGCUCUGGAUCCAAAUGACAACAGCGAAGCCCUCAUGCCCAUCACAGGGACGCUGUUCGCUGUGGGAGUUGACUUUCAUGCAGGAAAUGACACCGUGUACUGGACGGACAUGGGCCUGAACAGGAUAUCUCGAGCAAAACGUGAUCAAACGUGGAGGGAGGAUAUCAUCACGACGGGCAUCAGCCGAGUGGAAGGCAUCGCCGUGGACUGGAUCGCUGGAAACCUCUACUGGACAGAUCAUGGUUUUAAUCUGAUCGAAAUCUCCCGUCUGAACGGCGCCUACCGCUCAGUGGUCAUAUCUGAAGGACUGGAUCAGCCCAGGGCCAUCGCCGUACACCCACAGAAGGGGUAUCUUUUCUGGACUGAAUGGGGCCAGAACCCCUGCAUCGGUCGCUCCCGCCUGGAUGGGUCAGACCAGGUAACCUUGGUCAAUUCAGGGAUCAUGUGGCCCAAUGGGAUCUCCAUCGACUACGAGGAAAACACAUUAUACUGGUGUGAUGCACGCACAGAUAAGAUCGAGAGGAUCAACCUUGAGACUGGCGAGAGCAGAGAGAUUGUACUGUCAGUGGCCAACGUAGACCUGUUCUCCGUGGCCGUGUUCGGGCCUUACAUCUACUGGUCUGACAGAGCCCAUUCCAACGGUUCAAUCAGACGGGGUUUGAAGACCGACACGAGCGAACCCACGACCAUACGCAGCGGCCUGGGGGUCAACCUGAAGGACGUCACCAUCUUCAACAGAGGCCGAGAGAAAGGCACUAACCCCUGUGCCAGGAGUAACGGAGGAUGCCAGCAGCUGUGCUUUCAUCUGGGCAGCGGACGCCGGACGUGUUCGUGCGCCCACGGCCGCUUGGCUGAGGACGGCUUCGCCUGCGAGCGCUACGAAGGCUAUCUGCUGUAUUCGGAGAGGACCAUACUGAAGAGCAUCCACCUGUCCGACGAGAACGACCUCAACUCCCCUGUGCAGCCUUUUGAAAACCCCAGUCUGUUCAAGAACGUCAUCGCCCUGGCGUUCGACUACAGCCAGACGACAGCCGCCACCAACCGCAUCUUCUUCAGCGAUGUCCAUUUUGGAAAUAUCCAGGUGAUCAACGACGACUGGACAGGACGGUCCAUCAUCGCAGAGAACGUGGGUUCCGUGGAGGGUCUGGCCUACCACCGGGCCUGGGACACCCUGUACUGGACCAGCUCCACCACCUCCACCAUCACCAGACACACCCUGGACUCCAGUCGGGUCGGCGCCUUCAGCCGUGAAGCCGUGGUCACACUGUCAGAGGACGACCACCCACACGUCCUCGCCCUGGACGAGUGUCAGAACCUGAUGUUUUGGACCAACUGGAACGAGCAGAGGCCCAGCAUCAUGAGAUCUACUUUAGCGGGAAAGAACAUGAGGGUUAUCAUCAGCUCUGACAUCCUGACCCCCAACGGCUUGACCAUCGACCACAAGGCAGAGAAGCUCUACUUCUCAGACGGAAGCCUGGGCAAGAUCGAGAGAUGUGAUUACGACGGGUCGCACAGAUACAUCAUCAUAAAGUCGGGUGCUGGAAACUUCUACGGUCUCGCCAUCUACGCAGACUUCCUGUACUGGUCCGACUGGGCCCGCAGAGCCGUGUUACGCUCCAACAAGUUCACGGGCGGCGACACCAAGGUCCUGCGAGCGGACAUACCCCACCAGCCCAUGGGAAUCAUCGCAGUGGCCAGAGACACCAACAACUGUGAGCUGUCCCCGUGCCGACACAUGAACGGAGGCUGCGGCGACCUCUGUCUGCUGACCCCACACGGGCGGGUCAACUGCUCCUGUCGGGGAGAACGGGUGCUGUUAGACGACAACAGAUGUGUGUCAGAAAAUUCGUCCUGCAACAUUCACACCGAAUUCGAGUGUGGGAACGGGGAGUGCAUCAACUACCAGCUCACCUGUGAUGGAGUCGCUCACUGCAAAGACAAAUCUGAUGAGAAGAUGCAGUACUGUGACAACAGGAGCUGUCGCACUGGGUUCCGUCCCUGCUACAACCAGCACUGCGUGGCCAACGGGCGUUUCUGCGACGGGGUGGACGACUGCGGGGAUAACUCGGACGAAGCCUUCUGCAGCAAUGUCACAUGCGCCUCCUCAGAAUCACCGUGCAGGGAUGGGAGCUGUGUACCGAGCUCAGCCUGGUGUAACCAGGUCAUUGACUGCGCCGAUGCCUCCGAUGAAAAAAGCUGCAACCACACCGACUGCUCGCACUUUUACAAGCUGGGAGUGAAAGAAAAAGAUUUCAUCAGCUGCAAUUCCACCUCCCUGUGCAUCCACCCCUCGUGGAUCUGUGACGGUGCAAACGACUGUGGAGACUAUGCUGAUGAGACCAACUGCCAGGUUUCCCACGGGCAGAAGUGCGAGGAAGGCCACUUCGCUUGUCCGAGCGGGAACUGCAUCUCCAGCGUGUGGCUCUGCGAUGGUCAGAAAGACUGCGAAGACGGAGCGGAUGAAUUCCAGUGUGACUCUUCGUGCCUGUGGAACCAGUUCGCCUGCUCCAAAAACAAGUGCAUCGCCAAACAGUGGCUUUGCGACGGCGAGAACGACUGCGAGGACGGCCUGGACGAGAGCGUGCAGAUAUGUGGUUCGGUGACUUGUGCUCCAGGCCUGUUCAGCUGUCCCGGCUCCUACGCCUGCGUCCCCAAACGCUGGCUCUGCGACGGCGAACGGGACUGUCCUGACGGGAGCGACGAACUGUCUGCAGCCGGCUGCGCGCCCAACAACACAUGUGAUGACAGCUCGUUUCACUGCCGCAACAAAGCCUGCAUCCCCCAGCGAUUUGUCUGUGACCACGACGACGACUGUGGAGACGGAUCUGACGAGUCCGUUGAAUGUGUCUAUCGCUCCUGUGGAUCGGAGGAGUUUCGCUGCGGGGACGGCCGUUGUCUUCUCAGUUCUCAGUGGGAGUGCGAUGGCUACGCAGACUGUCCCGACCACUCCGACGAGCUGCCUCUGAACCUCAAAUGCCUGGCCGCAGGAAGCUUGUGCAACGGCUCGUUCUUCAUGUGCACCAACGGACGCUGCAUCUCUGAGGGAAACCUCUGCGACGGGAGAGACGACUGCGGAGAUCGGUCAGACGAGAGAAACUGUAACGUCAACGAGUGUCUGAACCGCAGAGUCAGUGGGUGCACGCAGGACUGCCAAGACCUUCCUGUAGGAUACAAGUGUAAAUGCUGGCCUGGUUUCCACCUGAAAGACGACGGAAAGACCUGCGUGGACGUAGACGAGUGCUCCACCACUCUCCCCUGUAGCCAACGCUGCAUCAACACCUACGGCUCCUUCAAGUGCAUGUGCGUGGACGGCUACGAGGCCUUGGAACGCAACCCCAACACGUGCAAGGCCGUGUCAGCUGAGGAGCCGUUCCUCAUUAUGGCAGACCACCACGAAAUCCGCAAGCUGAGCGUGGACGGAUCGAAUUAUACCAUCUUGAAACAGGGUCUUAACAACAUCAUCCACAUAGACUUCGACUACAAGAAGGAGUUCAUCUACUGGGUGGACUCGACCAGGCCGAGUGGUCGGAAGAUCAACAGGAUGCGCCUGAAUGGGAGCGACCUGAAGAUCGUCCACAGGACGUCGGUGCCCAGCGCUUUAGCAGUGGAUUGGAUCGGCAAGAACCUGUACUGGUGCGACGCAGAAAGGAAAACUCUGGAGGUUUCCAAAGCCAACGGCCUCUACCCCACAGUCCUGAUCAGCUCAGGACUCAAGAACCCCACAGACCUGGUCCUGGACCCCCAGACCGGGUUCGUCUUCUGGGUGGACUGCUGCGAACCCCCUCACAUUGGACGUAUCGGCAUGGACGGCAGAGGGCAAACGGUUAUCAUCGACACAGAGAUCUAUAGCCCCACUGCCCUCACUAUCGAUUACACCAACAAGAGGCUGUACUGGGCGGACGACAACCACAUCCUGUUCUCCAACAUGGACGGAAACCAGAGACGCAAAGUGCCCUAUGAUCACAUCCAGGGGGUAAUGGCGUUGACUUUGUUUGAGGACUUUGUUUAUUGGACGGAUGGGAAGUCCAAAUCACUGCGACGUGCUCACAAGACGACCGGCGCUCAAGGGAUGGAGCUCCUCAACUCCUGGCAAGCCAUCAAGUCCAUCAAGGUGUACCACUCCCUGCGCCAGCCCUCAGUUCCCAAACACCAGUGUCAGAUUGCAAAUGGGGGAUGCAGCCACCUGUGUCUGCUGUCGCCCGGUGGGGAACACAAAUGUGCUUGUCCAACUAAUUUUUACUUGGCUGCUGACAAUAAAACCUGCCUGUCCAACUGCACCUCCAGCCAGUUUCGCUGUGGGACAGAUGAGUGUAUUCCCUUUUGGUGGAAAUGCGACACGGUGGAUGACUGUGGGGACGGAUCUGACGAACCCGCCGACUGCCCGGAGUUCAAAUGUCAGCCUGGUCGUUUCCAGUGUGGAACAGGACUGUGUGCUCUGCCUCCGUUCAUCUGCGAUGGAGAAAAUGACUGUGGAGACAACUCAGAUGAAGCCAACUGUGAGACGUACAUCUGUCUGUCAGGCCAGUUCAAGUGCACCAGGAAACAGAAGUGCAUCCCUCUGAACCUGCGCUGCAACGGCCAGGACGACUGUGGUGAUGGAGAGGAUGAGACCGACUGCCCGGAGAGCACCUGUUCCCCAGACCAGUUCCAGUGCAAAGCCUCCAUGCACUGCAUCUCCAAACUGUGGGUUUGUGACGAGGAUCCGGACUGCGCAGACGGUUCAGAUGAGGCCAACUGCGAUGAAAAGACCUGCGGACCUCAUGAAUUCCGCUGCGAGAAUAACAACUGCAUCCCAGACCACUGGAGGUGUGACAGCCAGAACGACUGUGGAGACAACUCAGACGAGCAGAACUGCAAGCCCGUCACCUGUAACCACAAGGACUUCGCCUGCGCUAACGGCGACUGCAUCUCCUCUCGAUUCCGCUGCGACGGAGACUACGACUGUUUGGAUAAUUCAGACGAGAAAGGCUGUGAGGCCCACUGUGGGGACGACCAGUUUCAGUGUCACAACAACCUCUGCAUCUCACUGAAGUGGUUGUGUGACGGCCAAGAAGACUGCAAGAUGGGCGAAGAUGAAAAAAACUGCCAGGGAACAGCAGCCCCUUCCUGUUCUGUGAAUGAGUACGUGUGCGCCAGCGGAGGCUGCGUGUCGGCCAGUCUGCGAUGUGACGGACACGACAACUGUCUGGACGGGUCAGAUGAGAUUGGUUGUGUGAAGGAGUGCAGAGAAGAUGAGUUUCUGUGUCUGAAUCGUGCUCACUGCAUCCCCCGGCGCUGGCGCUGUGAUGAUAUGUUUGAUUGCAUGGACCACAGCGAUGAGGAAAACUGCAGCCAGGGUGCGUUCUUCUGCCGUGCUGAUGAGUUCAUUUGUAACAACACCCUGUGCAAACUGCACACGUGGGUGUGCGACGGUAAAGACGACUGUGGAGAUAACUCUGACGAGGACGCAGACAUGUGUGCCAAACUCCCCUGCCCUCCUACCAGGCCUUUCCGCUGCAGGAACGACCACGUGUGUUUGCGUGGAGACCAAGUGUGCAACAAAGUGGACGACUGUGGUGACAGCUCAGAUGAGGAAGAGUGUGCAGAGGUGGUGGCCGGAAGACCUCGACCCUGCGGGAAAACCGAGUUCACCUGCAGUAACCGCCGCUGCAUCCCCAUCGCGCUGCAGUGCGACCUCUUCAACGACUGCGGCGACGGCGGCUCGGACGAGCAGGACUGUAAGGCCUUUUCCAGCGGAGACAUAUGUGGAAAGAAAACAAAUCCAUGUGGAGAGGAUGCAAUUUGCAACCAGACAAAUGUUAAUGCUAUAUGCCAGUGCAAAGCCGGCUUCAAGAGGAACCAGAAGACGGGCCAUUGUGAAGAAAUUAACGAAUGUCUGCAGUUCGACGCAUGUCCUCAUUAUUGCACCAACACUAAAGGAUCCUAUAAGUGCACAUGUGACAGAAAUUAUAAGGAGAUCAGUGGCAGUUGCGUCGUCAAAGGACCAGAGGACCGGGUGCUCUACUUAGCCAACGACACUGAAAUCCGAAGUUUCGUGUAUCCGUUUAACCAGAGCCAAGGACACAAACUGCUGACUCGCAUCGAGGAAAACGCACGCAUUAUUGGAAUGGACGCUUUGUUUCACCACCAGAAGUUUAUCUGGGCCACACAGUUUAACCCCGGAGGGAUUUUUUACAAAGAGAUUCUAGAACGAAGUCAAGUAAAAACCAACGUCAGGAACAUUUGUUCAGAUUUCCGUCGACCCAGAGAUAUUUCAGCCGACUGGGUCACAGGGAACAUUUAUUGGACCGAUCACUCUCGGAUGCACUGGUUCAGUUAUUACACGGCCCAUUGGACUAAACUACGCUAUUCCAUCAACGUGGGUCAGCUGAAGGGACCCAACUGCACCCGGCUCAUCACUGACAUCGCAGGAGAACCCUACGCCAUCGCCGUCAACCCGGCCCGAGGGAUGAUGUACUGGAGUGUAAUUGGUGACCAUUCUCACAUCGAGGAGUCGGCCAUGGACGGGUCUUUACGCAGAGUCAUCCUGGAGAAGAACCUCCGCAGACCCACCGGGCUGGCCAUUGAUUUCUUCAAUCAGCGUUUGUACUGGGCUGAUCCGGAGCUCUCGCAGAUCGGGAGCAUGAGAUUGGACGGUUCGGACCCUCUGGUGACGAUAAGCGACAGACACGGGAUCUCCCAACCGUACAGAAUCGACAUAUUUGAAGACUACAUCUAUGGGACUGGGCUGAAACAUGAGGUCUUCAAAAUCCACAAAUUUGGGAAACAAACGGUGGAGUUUCUGAGUUUAGGGGUGGAGAAGCCCACCAGCGUUUUGAUCUCCCAUCGCUACAAACAGCAAGACGCGUCCAAUCCGUGCCUGCGAAUGUCCUGUGAUUUCAUGUGUCUGCUGAACCCGACCGGCGCCAGAUGUACCUGCCCCGAGGGGAAGGUUCUGGUCAACGGCACCUGCACCGACGUCAACAUCUCAGGUGAGCUGUGCCGCCCCCCCUGUGAGAACGGAGGUCGCUGCUUAGCCAAUGAGAAAGGAGACUGGAGGUGUUACUGCUGGCCCGACUUCUCUGGAGAACGCUGCGAGGUGAACCACUGUACGGACUACUGCCUGAACGGAGGCACCUGCAUGGGCUCGCUGCUGGGUAAGCCGACCUGCCGCUGUCCUGUCGGUUUCUCGGGGCCUUUCUGUGAGAAGAGGAUCUGCGACAACUACUGCUUAAACGGAGGAACAUGUGACGUCACUCAGGGGAACCAGCCGGUGUGUCGAUGUAUGGCAGAAUAUACUGGAGAUCGCUGCCUUUACCACAUCUGUCAUCACUACUGUGUCAACUCCAAGGCCUGUACGUUAUCCAGCAGCGGCUACGUGGAGUGUGUGUGUCCUGCCAGGUUUGAAGGAAACAAGUGCGAGUUGGACAAGUGUCUCCGAUGCCACGGAGCUCCCUGCCUCAUUAACGAGGACACGGGAGAUGUGGUUUGCAAUUGCACAAAUGGCAGAAUAGCGCCAAGCUGUCAGCUGUGUGACGGAUAUUGCUACAAUGGAGGCACCUGUCACCUGGACCCCGACACCAACCUGCCUUUCUGUCACUGCACGUCAGGGUUCAAGAACCAACGUUGUGAUGAGCUGGCCAACCCCUGCGAUUACUUCUGUCAGAAUGAGGGGAUGUGCACAUUAACAGCUCUUAACAAACCACGCUGCAAAUGUUCAGCCAACUGGGCGGGAACACAGUGUGAGAGGCCCGCCCCCAAAAGCAGUAAAUCGGACAACACCAGCGGAGGGAGCAUCGCUAUCAUCGUGCCUCUGGUCCUGCUGGUCGUCCUGAUCGUGAUGGUGGUGGCGGGCGUUUAUAUCUGCAAACGGAGGCAAAGAGGAAAACGCGUCCAGAGGCAGCCCAUGACGAACGGAGGGAUUAACGUGGAGAUCGGGAACCCGUCGUACAACAUGUACGAAGUGGACCACGACAACCACGCCGACGCAGGAAGUCUGCUGAGACCCAACUUCACCCUGGACCCACAUAAGGGCUGGUGUGUAAAAUCCAGUGACCCUCGCGCCUUGGGCAUGAAUAAUGUGCCCAAGGAGGUCAUCCCUGGACAGCCCAUGAACUACUCCAACCCCGUGUAUGCAAAGAUCUACUUGGACGGGCAAAACUGCCGCAAGCCGGUCAUCAGUAUCGAUGAGAGGAGAGAGCUACUCCCAAAGAAACUAGAGGGGACAAUUCAUGAAACCGCCGCAUAGCCUAUCUUUACACUUUUUACUUCUUUUAUACCACAGUGUACAAUGUAUAAAAUAAAAAGGAGGAAACCAGAAUUUUCUAUUUCCUAUGAGGCUCUUAGGUUUAACUGGUUUAGCAUCAGCAUAACGUCCUUGUUGGUGUGCUGAAGAGUUUUAUUUUCCAUUUACCGUUUGCUUUCUACGGAGGCCCUUUAGUGACACGUGAGGAAAAAAAUAUUAACGCGUGGCCACCAGAUAAGUAACGCUAAAUAUGCACAAAUCAAUGAAAUCUUGAACUUUGUCUCUUUGUCACCUUUCAUGAUCAUGCAGCAUCCAGACUACAGACAGCGCAGGAUCCGAUUGGUCCAUGCGAUGCACUUGUCCACCAAUAGAAAUGAUAUGUUUUUGUGCAUGCAGGUACUUCCUGCUCACAAGAAAUUCUUUUAGAACGUGUUUUUUUCCGUCUCUUCUGCAGCGAGCACGCACCAAACGUAACGACACUAUCGCCGAAAAAUCAUGUUGUUGUUGUGCCUCGUACCUUUGGUUUUACUUGUCCGUUCAACACGAUUUACUUCUCAGUAUUAGUUUGACGUCUGCACUUUCCACACAAACUCCAGUUUUUCACGCAUGACCUGGAAACGGUUUGAAAGUAUCGAGUUUGAGUUCCGCUUCUUCCGGUUUACUCGUUAACGGUGUCUGAGGCGACUUGGAAGUAUCGCUACUGUGUGCCCCAAUGGACAACAAAUAAACAAAGGCAGCCAUAUUGAAGUUUUGCUUCACAUUUAGUUGAGCAGAAGAAAUGGGCUGUCGCAGUUUGUCGAGAUGAGGGGCCAAACUUCAGAAUCCGAUCAGGAAGAAUGUUCGUGUGUAGAUGAUUACCAUGGAAACGUCAGCGCUAGUGUGAAGGGAAUCCAGAGGGUAAACGUAGGGAGAACACUGUCGUGGUUUUCCUGGAAUAAUUGGGGGAAUCUCGUCGUAUACAUGUAGCGCUGACGACAUCAGGGUCUGGGGUCUGUGCGGUCUUAGCCGGUCACCUACGAACAGCACAAACAGGUCCGGCAGAGGUCCUGAAACUAAAUCAAGUGGUCAACUCAGAACCACA